GAGGAAAAACAGCAUAGGAACGCUGCCUGAAACGCUGAACUUUAGACACAUCUGAGCGUCAAGGAGUGUCUGUGGGCUGGUGCAGGACAGGAUUAUCUGAACUACUUAGACUGCAGUUGUUGACUUCUCUCAUUCACCCAUCAGGAGGACUGCAUGUGUGUGUGUGCUUCUUCCAGGCAUCAAACGAGCCACAGAGGACUGCAAGAGGACAACCCUUAAAGAUCUGCCCUAAAAAGACCUCAGCAGUCAAGUGAAGCAUUAACCCGUCUGCUCUUGACAUUUAUCUGGUAUACUUAUGUGUUUUCUCUGCGCAAGAAAGCUGCAUGGUUUGAUUUCUGCUUAAAAGCCUCAUGGCUCAAAGUCCCUCAGAGUCACAUCCUGUAAUUGUCUCUGGAGUGUGGGUGGGCAGGGGAGAGAGAAGAGGCGUUUGAGUCCGGCUCGGCAGCAGUGGAGCAAAAGGCGAGAGGCAUCUGGUUGUCUAGUCAUCCGAGCGCGACUGAAGCCAUCAGUGUGGACCAUGUGUGCUGCAGCUCUGGACGAGUACUGUGGGUCUGUCUUCUGGAAUGCUUCAUAUCUGAAUAGAGAAGAUCCAGACCUCCCGGUAUGUUUAGAGCAGACAGUGCUGGUCUGGAUCCCACUGGGGUUCCUGUGGCUCUGCGCCCCGCGACACCUGGCAUGUCUCUGCAGGAGAACGCACGUGAACACAAAACAUCUGUCCAAGCUCUACCUCUGCAAACAGCUUGCGGUGUCUCUACUGUUCCUGACGGCCAUUGCAGCCCUGGCAGUCACAUUAGGAGAGGAUUACGGUCAAAGCAAAGACCCGCCUUCAACAGUGAAAAAUCCUGGUGUAUACUAUGCAAACCCCGUCCUGUAUGCAGUCACAUGGAUCCUCCUGCUGUUGUGCCAGGAAGGAGUGAGGCGGAGGGAAGGAGCAGUAGACUCGGCCACUCUCUCUCUCUUUUGGUUGCUCCUUGUUGUGUGUGACAUCUUCCCAUUCCAGACCCUCCUGCGCGAGGCGCUUAGGCUGGGAGAAGUCAGUGAUGUCCCUCGUUUUUGCCUUUUCUACAUUUCCUUUGGCUUGGAAUUGAUUGCACUUAUUCUUUCCAUCAUGGCUGAUAUCCCUCCAGAAGCCGAGGAGCUUGUAAAAAAGAAUCCAGAGCAAGGUGCAGCAUUUUGGAGCCGAAUCACUUUCAACUGGUUUAAUAGUAUGGUGGUGAAUGGGUAUAAGCGGCCCCUGGUUCAGGAGGACAUGUGGGAGCUGAACGAGGCCGACAGCUGUGUUUACAUCAACCAGCGCUUUCGGUACAUUAUGGAGUCAGAGUUGGGUGCAGCAAGGGUCCGGUUCCAAAACAAGUUAAAGAAAAAACAGAGUAAGAACAGAGACAAAGCCCAGGAAGAUGCCUUUCCAAACGGCAUAUCCAACGGGCUGGCAAAAGGUGUCAGUCAGGAUGUGCUGAUGAUGGAGGAAAAGGGAAAAAAAGAAGAAGAAAAGAAGAAGAAGAAAAAGGACAAAAAGAAGGAGGGAGAUAAUUAUCCCAAUUCAUGGCUGGUUUCUACCAUUUACAAGACCUUUAAGUGGAUUCUGCUUGAAUCUGCCUUCUUCAAACUUCUACAGGACCUGCUGUCUUUUGUCAGUCCUCAGCUACUAAAAUCCAUGAUCUCUUUCACUCAAGACACUUCCAGGUUCACAUGGGAAGGGUAUAUGUACGCAGUGCUGCUGCUUUUGGUGGCACUUCUGCAGUCUCUGUUCCUGCAGCAGUACUUCCAGCGCUGCUUUGUGCUGGGGAUGAAGGUUCGCACUGCCAUCAUGGCUGCGGUAUACAAAAAGGCAUUGGUGGUGUCUAAUGAUGUUCGUAAAGAGUCUACGGUUGGGGAGACGGUGAACCUGAUGUCAGCAGACGCCCAGCGCUUCAACGAUGUGAUCAACUUCAUCCACCUGCUGUGGUCCUGCCCUCUGCAGAUCAUCCUGUCCAUUGUCUUCCUGUGGAUGGAGUUAGGACCCUCUGUGUUGGCAGGACUGGCGGUCAUGGUGCUGAUGGUGCCAAUCAAUGGACUGCUAGCCACCAAGGCCAGAAAAAUCCAGAUAGAGAACAUGAAAUUCAAAGACAAGCGGCUUAAAAUCAUGAAUGAAAUACUCAAUGGGAUCAAGAUUUUGAAGCUGUAUGCGUGGGAGCCAUCGUUCCAGGCUCAAGUGGAAGACAUUAGGGGGCAAGAACUGAAAGUCAUGAGGAAGUUUGCCUACCUGACAUCCGUCUCCACCUUCAUCUUCAGCUGUGCUCCGGCUGUGGUUUCUCUGGUCACAUUUGCAGUGUUUGUUGGGGUGAGCCCAAGCAACGUGUUGACUGCUGAGAAAGCUUUCACUUCCAUCUCUCUUUUCAACAUCCUCCGAUUUCCCCUGGCCAUGCUGCCCAUGCUCAUAGCUACCAUUGUGCAAACAUCGGUGUCUAGGAAACGACUGGAGAAGUUUCUGGGAGGUGAAGACCUUGAAAGUGACAUUGUGCGCCAUGACUCAAGUUUCAACACUGCUGUUAGCGUACGUGAUGGUUCCUUUGCUUGGGAAAAAGAAGGCGAGCCUCUGCUGAGAAAUGUGUCCUUGGAUAUAAAGCCAGGUCGGUUGGUGGCAGUAGUCGGAGCUGUGGGCUCAGGAAAGUCCUCUCUCAUGUCAGCCCUCCUGGGAGAGAUGCACUGCACCAAAGGCUUCAUCAACAUUCAGGGUUCACUUGCCUUCGUGCCACAGCAAGCCUGGAUUCAAAAUGCCACUCUAAGGGAUAACAUCCUGUUUGGCUCUCCCGAUGAGAACAGGAGGUUCCAGGAGGUGGUAAAGGCCUGCGCCCUGGGUCCGGACCUGGAGCUGCUGCCUGGGGGUGACCUCACUGAGAUUGGAGAGAAAGGCAUCAACCUCUCAGGGGGUCAGAAGCAGCGUGUGAGCUUGGCUCGAGCAGCUUACAGUCAGGCUGAUAUUUAUCUCUUAGAUGACCCCUUGUCUGCUGUGGACUCUCAUGUUGGAAAGCAUCUCUUUGAUGAAGUGAUUGGACCCAAUGGACUACUGAAAGACAAGACUCGUAUCCUGGUGACUCAUGGAGUGAGUUUCCUGCCAUACGUGGAUGAAAUAGUGGUCUUGGUGGAUGGAGUGGUUUCUGAGGUUGGAUCCUACAGCAGCCUCCGUGCCAGCAAAGGAGCUUUUUCUGAAUUUCUAGACACAUAUGCCAAAGAGCAAAGCAAUCGAAGCCACUCAGAGUCAGAUCGUUGCCAGGACACUGCAGACGUGGAGCUCAUACCUGAAAGAGAGGACACUCAACCUGACUCUCCUUUGGAGGACACAGUUUCUGUUACACUGAAGAGAGAGAGCAGUAUCCGACGCAGCCAGCGCAAUGGCAGUGUUAGACUAAGAAAAAAUAACUCCAUAAGAAAAUCAGAGGAUGCUGAUGAAUCAAAGAAAGGCCAGAGGUUGAUCGAGAAGGAAACUAUGGAAACAGGACGGGUGAAGUUCUCGGUGUACCUCCAGUACCUGCGUGCCAUGGGCUGGGGAUAUACAGUCAUGGUCUUCGUGGUUUACUUCACCCAGAACAUUGCUUUCAUCGGUCAGAACCUGUGGCUGAGUGACUGGACCAAUGAUGCAGUGGACUACUACAACAAGACAUAUCCAAACUGGAAGAGGGACACCAGGGUGGGAGUGUUCGGCGCUCUGGGAGUGGCUCAGGGCAUCUUUGUGUUCCUUGGCACCCUGCUCAUGGCCAACGCUUCGGUCGCUGCGUCACAUAUCCUGCAUUCAAGGCUGCUCAACAACAUACUGCGAGUUCCCAUGGUAUUCUUUGACACCACACCUAUUGGUAGGGUGGUCAACCGCUUUGCAAAGGACAUUUUCACAGUGGACGAAGCCAUUCCACAGUCCUUCCGUUCUUGGCUCCUGUGUCUGCUGGCCGUGCUGGGGACACUGUUUGUCAUCUGUCUGGCGACUCCUUUAUUUACCAUCAUCAUCCUCCCUCUGGCCUUGGUCUAUUACUUUGUACAGCGCUUCUAUGUGGCGACUUCGAGGCAGCUACGUCGCCUGGACUCUGUGUCCCGCUCUCCUAUAUACUCACACUUUAGUGAGACAGUGUCCGGUCUGUCUGUGAUAAGAGCGUACGGCCAUCAAGACAGGUUUCUCAAACACAACGAAACAACCAUUGAUGAAAACCUCAAGAGUGUCUACCCAUGGAUAGUCUCAAACAGGUGGCUGGCCAUCCGUCUGGAGUUUCUUGGUAACCUUGUGGUGUUUUUUGCUGCCUUGUUUGCCGUCAUUUCUAGGGAGUCUCUGGACAGUGGCAUAGUUGGCAUGUCUAUAUCUUAUGCACUUAAUGUGACCCAGACCCUCAAUUGGCUGGUGAGGAUGACAUCAGAGCUGGAGACAAAUAUCGUUGCUGUUGAGAGAGUGAGCGAAUACAGCGAGCUUGAGAACGAGGCUAAGUGGAUAACUGACAAGCGGCCUCCAGAGAAAUGGCCCGAGGCAGGAAGGCUACAGUUUGACCAGUACAAGGUCCGAUACAGACCUGAAUUAGACCUGGUGCUGCAUGGAAUCUCCUGUGACAUCGAGAGCACUGAGAAGAUUGGUAUCGUGGGUCGCACAGGAGCUGGGAAAUCAAGUCUGACCAACUGCCUGUUUAGAAUUAUUGAAGCCGCCGAAGGUCGCAUCCUCAUUGAUGGUGUUGAUAUUUCCGCAAUCGGCCUGCACGACCUCAGAAACAGGCUCACAAUCAUACCACAGGACCCAGUGUUGUUCUCCGGGACCCUGAGGAUGAACCUGGACCCAUUUGACAAAUUCAGCGACGAGGAGAUCUGGCGGGUUUUGGAGCUCUCCCAUCUGAAGGACUACGUAGCAGGGCUGCAGGAAGGACUACAACAUGAAGUCGCAGAGGGGGGAGAGAACCUCAGUGUUGGGCAGAGGCAACUGCUGUGUCUGGCCCGAGCACUGAUGAGGAAGUCACGCAUCUUAAUCCUGGAUGAGGCCACAGCAGCUGUUGACCUGGAGACAGACGACCUGAUUCAGAAUACCAUCCGCAAAGAGUUUUCACACUGCACAGUCCUCACCAUCGCCCAUCGCCUGCACAGCAUCAUGGACAGCUCCAGGGUGAUGGUCCUUGAUGCUGGUAAAAUUGUGGAAUUUGAUUCUCCAAACAACCUGCUUGAAAAACAAGGCCACUUCUAUGCCAUGGCAAAGGAUGCUGGAAUAACUCGAGAAGAAAUCACAGCUCUUUGAUUUUGCACUUGUACUUUUGAUUUAAUUCCAAAAAUUGCUUUUGUUGUUUGAUUUUGAAAGCUGGAUUGUACUUUUAUAUAGAGAAAUGUUUUAACAUUUGUACUCAUAGGAAACAAUAGAAAGAAAUCAUAUUCUGUGUGUAAAUAAUUUUUAUAUGGAUACAAUAAAUAUUCUUUCUCUAACACUGCUCAGUUGUACAACUACCUGAGUUGUAUAAGGCAUCUCAAAUAUCUCUAACUCAGACGUGUCUGUAAUUGUAUUGCUCACAUUGUGGGGACAUAAUGUGGGAUUUAUACUUCUGCGUCGAAUCGACGCUGUAACUACAGCACAGGCUCUACAUCAACAUAGAGCUUACGCUGUACCAUAAGCCGUAGCCUGAUGUGCACCCCCCCAGAAAUUUAACUACACAUCAUGGCAAUGCAGAC